GUCUGCUUAUGUUGAUCAUUUUUCCUUUAAUGUUUAUUUUUAGGAUACCUUGAGGAUAGUUUUGUAAAAUCUGGAGUCUUCAAUGUAUCAGAACUUGUAAGAGUAUCCAGAACACCCAUAACCCAGGGAACUGGAGUCAACUUCCCAAUUGGAGAAAUCCCAAGCCAACCAUACUAUCAUGACAUGAACUCGGGGGUCAAUCUUCAGAGGUCGCUGUCUUCUCCUCCAAGCAGCAAAAGACCCAAAACUAUAUCCAUAGAUGAAAAUAUGGAACCAAGUCCUACAGGAGACUUUUACCCCUCUCCCAAUUCACCAGCUGCUGGAAGUCGAACAUGGCAUGAAAGAGAUCAAGAUAUGUCUUCUCCAACUACUAUGAAGAAGCCUGAAAAGCCAUUGUUCAGCUCUGCAUCUCCACAGGAUUCUUCCCCAAGACUGAGCACUUUCCCCCAGCACCACCAUCCCGGAAUACCUGGAGUUGCACACAGUGUCAUCUCAACUCGAACUCCACCUCCACCCUCACCGUUGCCAUUUCCAACACAAGCUAUCCUUCCUCCAGCCCCAUCAAGCUACUUUUCUCAUCCAACAAUCAGAUAUCCUCCCCACCUGAAUCCUCAGGAUACUCUGAAGAACUAUGUACCUUCGUAUGACCCAUCCAGUCCACAAACCAGCCAGCCUAACAGCAGUGGUCAAGUAGUAGGGAAAGUGCCUGGCCAUUUCACUCCUGUCUUGGCACCCUCUCCCCAUCCCAGUGCAGUGCGACCUGUGACCCUGAGCAUGACAGAUACUAAACCCAUCACUACAUCCACUGAAGGUGAGGCAGCUUCACCUACAGCAACCACCUACACAGCCUCAGGCACAUCUCAAGCCAAUCGAUAUGUGGGACUAAGCCCAAGAGACCCAUCCUUCCUACAUCAGCAACAGCUGAGGAUUUGUGACUGGACCAUGAAUCAAAACGGCAGGCAUUUAUACCCCAGUACCAGUGAGGAUACAUUGGGAAUUACUUGGCAAAGUCCUGGUACCUGGGCUAGCUUGGUUCCUUUCCAAGUGUCAAAUAGGACACCCAUCUUACCGGCAAAUGUCCAAAAUUACGGUUUGAACAUAAUUGGAGAACCUUUCCUUCAAGCAGAAACAAGCAACUGAGGGAAAAAGAAACACAACAAUAGUUUAAGAAAUUUUUUUUUUUUUUUUUAAAAAAAGGAAAAGAGGAAGACUGGACAAAACAAAGGGUGAAAGGAAAGAAACUGAAGAAAGAAGAUAAUAGACCAGCAAUUGCAGCACUUACAAUCACUAAUUCCCUUAAGGUUGAAACUGUAAUGACAUAAAAAGGGUCGAUGAUAUUUCACUGAUGGUAGAUCGCAGCCCCUGCAACGUAGCCUUUGUUACAUGAAGUCCGCUGGGAAAUAGAUGUUCUGUCUCUAUGACAAUAUAUUUUAACUGACUUUCUAGAUGCCUUAAUAUUUGCAUGAUAAGCUAGUUUUAUUGGUUUAGUAUUCUUGUUGUUUACGCAUGGAAUCACUAUUCCUGGUUAUCUCACCAACGAAGGCUAGGAGGCGGCGUCAGAGGUGCUGGGUGACAGAGCCAUGAGCCAGCCAUUUUAUAAGCACUCUGAUUUCUAAAAGUUAAAAAAAAUAUAUAAAAUCUCUGUAGCCUUUAGUUAUCAGUACAGAUUUAUUAAAUUUUGGCCCUUAACCCAGCCUUUUCCAGUGUGUAACCCAGUUUGAAAUCUUAAAAAAACAAAAAAUGAAAAAAAAAAGGAAAAAAAGAAAAAAGGAAAAAAACAGUUUGAACACAAAGGCUCUAUGGAAGAAAUGCCUCUAUGUAGGUGAAGUGUUAUCUCUGCAUGCAACAGUAAAAAUUAAUAUAAUAUUUUCCCCACAAAAGAAACACUUAACAGAGGCAAGUGCAAUUUAUAAAUUUAUAUCUAAAGGGGAAUCAUGAUUAUAAGUCCUUCAGCCCUUGGACUCUAAAUUGAGGGGAUUAAAAAGAAUUUAAAAUAAUUUUGAACGAAUUUAUUUUCCCCUCAGUUUUUGAGGGCAUUAAAAAGGCAUUAAAUCAAGACAAAUCAUGUGCUUGAGAAAAAUAAAAUUAAUGAAAACACAGCACUUAUGUUGGUUUAGCUGCAGCCUCCUUGGAGGUAGAAUUUAUUUAUUUAAAAUUACUGGUUGCAUCAAGAACCCAUAGGGUGUACAAAAGGUUCUAUAAAAUCUGCAUUAUAGAGACAAAGAGGCAGGCAAAUCCAUGUCACGAGGGUAAAGCUUACAGUUUACAAACUGGGAACGCCAGGGUGUAGGAUAUAAAAACGCACUCUUGAGAAAACAAAUGUAAUCAGGGUGCUGAAAACUUGCAUGGUGCUUUCAGACAUUAGCCUUGUUCAACAAAUUUCUUGUAUUGACAGAUCCAUAGUGUGCAUGGGCAGACACAUUUUGCCUCUAUGUCUCUUAAAAUUUUAAUUAAAAAUACUCUUUCCAGUAAUCCUAAUUUGCACGAAGAUAUAAUGUCCACAUUACGUGCCUUGCCUUGAAAUCUAAAAAACAAAAAACAAAAAAAAAAAAACAAAAAAAAAAACAACAAAGUGACAUCACUACACUUGUUUUGCUGCAUUUAUUAUCAUUUUAAAUCUUUACCAUUUUUAUGACAAAAUAUUUUGUACUCCAGACGAAGAAAAAUGUGUGACAUCAUGGAUUUUUUAGACAGUUAUACCUUUAUCUCACAUUUAUAAAGCAUAUCAUGGCUGUGUAUAGUUGCCGCUUAAAAAUUGUAAUCGACCAGCAAUAUUUUCAGUAUUUUGGUGUUUUUUUCUAUUAACCUUUCAUGUUUUUCAUCUUCCAAUUAAUAUUUGGGGGGGAGGGGUUUCAAAUUUAUAUGAAUUAUGCAAUACCAAGUUUUGCCUAUGUAGGUAGUGCUUUUAGCUGUAUUGGUUAUUAUAGGUAAGUACACAGAUUUAAAAAAAAAAAUAAUGUAUGCUUUUUUGUUUGUUUGUUUGUUUUAAUUGACCAAAGUGGGUACUGCUAUUUUUGCAGUGUGAUGAGGUCCUUUUGUGUACUGAGAGAUGGACAGGGGAUUUUUUUUAAUAUACAUAUAUAUAUAUAUUCUGGGGUGGGUGGGAGGAUUUUUAACACUUUACAGUGUAGCUGUGAAGCAGUGCACCCUGAGAUGGGCCUGGGCUGCAAAGCGACUGUUCUGCCUACUGUGACAAACUUCAACUUACACAGGUUCCCCUCUCUAACUUCCCACCUGGGGUGCAAGCUGAACUCAUUACUGGUUUUCAUAACAACACUAUAGUAAGAACAAGCAAACACAACAAAUUCUCCUGGAGGCAGACUUGGCUUAAAAAGGCAGACUUGGCUUGGUGAUAGUUUUUUUUGAAAGUUCCAGAUCCACAGUGGAGAGUGAGCCUGUCUCAUAUUUGGCAAAAAUAUUUGUUGAAAUGUCCACAUAGGGUAUGUUGGAUGUUUAACACUUUUGAGGGUUUAACACAUGAAUAUUCUUUCUCCUAGAAAACACAUUAGACCUGUUGGAGGGAGUCUCCUGUAUUCCUUCUCCACCACUUUUCGUCCCCAUUUCAUUUCAUUAAUGAUAGGAUAUGAUUUACCUGUGACUUACUACUUCAAAUGGAUGGCAGUGCACUUGGAUUUUUUUUAAUAUCCAGAAGAUUGAACAGAGGGUUGCUAUUGUUGAAUGUAUUUGGACUGAUAGAUUAAAAUCAAGGUUCAAUUUUUAAGGAAGAAAAAAGUAAAUCCUGUUUUCAUUUUACCUGCCCUUUUAAAACUGAGAACCAGAGCAGAAGGGAAAUACAGAAUUUUAAGCAAUUAAUCUUCCUGUGGAUGAAUUAAACCCAUUAGAUGCUGAUGGGAUUUUUUUAAGGAAUGGUACCUUAACUAUAUAUUUGAUUUCGUUUCCCCUGAGGGCUAGAGGCUGAAUGGAGGCUGGUUUUAUUUUGCCCUUCCCUCACCCCCCAGUCCCAUUGAGUGUAUUCAUUACUAGAAGGAAAAUCUUUCAGAAUUAGCGACACAUGGUAGGCUGUCUUAAGGAGUCCCCUGGCCCCCUUCCCCUAGGCCAUGGCCUAAUAAAAUAAACUGUCAAUUGUUCUCACAGCAUAUCAUUUAAUAAUGAAUACUUUAGAACAAUGCUUAUGGGCUGGAGAAUUGUAUUUGAUUAGCCCAUUCAGUUUGAUAGCCCAAAUGCUGAACAGCACAGCGGGAUCCUAGCAGUGCAAGUUCAAAAGUAAGUCCAAUCAUUUCCGUGAUACUUGCCCUGGUAGCAAACAGAUCAUCUCAGCCAAGCUCUUCAUGUAUCUUUGACCUAUUAGGUGAACAAAUGAACCUCACAGGACACACAGUAUUUUUUAAAGGCAGACUCGCUCUCUUUUUUGCCAGUGAAUGAGCAGUUCUAGCUAACCAAGUUACACACUGUGGGUAUUCCUGCCUGCCUCUUGAAUACAAAGGCCUAGUUCAAGUGUUGCUUUUUUAUUUCAAAUCAAUUUUUCCUUCUUUCCUUUUAUGAGAUAAAACUAUUAAAAGUACUACUAUAUAUAUAAAAUCUCAAAUCAACUUUUUGGCCUCCUCCUCGUGUACCAGGAAGUAUAUUCUGACGAAGGGCCCCGCUUUUGCAGGUCUUGCACGCCCCUCCCUUACCCAGAACUGCAGAGCUUCAGGAUGGUGAAGGUCACCCAAGGGCAUGAGUAGGGGGUGGUGUCUCCAACCAUCAGUUCCGUGGCACUGUUCAGCCUUUGUGUGCUGCUCUGCCACCCACCACUCACAGUGCCUCUGAAGCGUGUUUCCCCUGGAGUGACGUGAGCAUUUGAGGCUUGUCUAAGGAAAAAAAUAAAAGGCAGUGAAGGAGACUGUACAUAAAGACAUGGCAAAAAUCUUAAUUAUAGCAAUAUAGUUAUCGGGUAAUGUUCGGGUGGGCAGCUCCAUUAAAAAAUAUGUGAAUGAAUCUGUGAAGCUGCAAGUAGCGAGAAGAGCGAAAGGUCUUCUUAAUGAACCGCCUACCUUGUA